AUGUCACUAGACCAAUUCAUUCAAAGUACACAGCAUGGAAGUGAGGUAUCAAUAUGGCAGUACUCUGCACCUGCCAAAGGAAAGCAAGUGGCUACCACUUCAGACGGCCAUCAUCCUCAGCAUCAGGUUGCGGAUGGUGAUAUCUCAGCAGUCUGGGAUUCACUUUUGAACAAUGAACCCUCCACAGCAUUCUCAGUGACAGGAUACGUGGAUAGACAGAGCGAAAGUGGGGUUCACAGAACAGCUGAGAAAAACACAACAGACGGAAUAGACGGAGUAGACGGAGUAGACGUGGUCAAGUUACUCCAGGACCCAAAUGCUUGUUUAUGGAUGGACAUACCCAACGAACCUGGACCCCCAUACGCCAUCUCCGCAGAUGACAUGAGGAUCGCCAAGGAGAUUGUUCGCCAUGUUGACAACGCCCUGGCAUCGGAGCCUUACUACAAGUCUGCAAUUUCUGCAGCGAGACGUGGUGAAUCUUUGAUUAAUUUCUCAUCUUUCUUCGACGACAUUGAAAAUUAUCAAGAGGAAGUCUGGGGAUACCUUCAGCCAGUCAUUGAAGAGGCAAGGAGAGAGACCAUCACUUGCUCGUCUGAGGAGGAAGGCCCUGCCACCCGGCGGUUGAGAAUGAUCCUUGCACAUAUCGAAAGAUCAGGGUGA